AUGCUUAAAUCUCUCACUGGCUUUGAGUUGGCUCAAAAUAAUUUCUCUGGUUCAAUCCCUGCUUCCAUAGGAAACAUGUCGAAGCUUAUGAAGAUAUAUCUUACCUAUAAUCAUUUAUCAGGGCCAAUUCCUUCCACGCUUGGCAAUCUUACUCAUUUGCAAUCAUUACAAUUAGGAGAUAACCAUCUCAGUGGUCCAUUACCCAAAAAUUUAUGCAAGGGUGGACAACUUGCAAAUCUUUCGGUUAUCAACAACAAUUUGACGGGUCCUAUCCCACCAACUUUGAAAAAUUGCAAAAGUUUAUACAGAUUACAGGAACUCGAUCUCUCUUCAAAUCAUCUUGUUGGUGAGAUUCCCAAGGAAUUAGGAGUAUUGACAUUGAUGUUCCGUCUUCUGCUAAGUGAUAACCAACUUUCAGGCAAAAUUCCACCAGAGAUUGGAGUUCUUUCAAAUCUACAACAUCUUAACCUGGCAUCAAACAAUUUGAGUGGACCGAUUCCUAAUCAACUUGGAGACUGCUCAAAGUUAUUGGACCUGAAUUUGAAUUUAAGUCAGAAUUUACUUAUUGGGGAGAUACCACAACAGCUUGCAAAAUUACAUUCCUUGGAAAUAUUGGACCUUUCUCACAAUGUGCUCAAUGGUUCCAUCCCGAAUUCUUUUAAUGAUUUGAAAAGCUUGACAGUUGUGAAUAUAUCUUACAAUCAAUUAGAAGGCCCUAUUCCUAACAUCAAGGCAUUUCAUGAGGCUUCAUUUGAUGACUUAAGAAACAAUAAAGGCCUAUGUGGUAAUGCCAUUGGACUAAUGCCUUGUGCUGUCGCUGCUGCUAGCAACGGUCAUAGAAAAAGCACCAAAAACCGAACCAGAAAAUCUGAGUCAAUAGAGGCACAACUAGGAGAAAUUUUCACAUUGUGGGGAUAUAAUGGAAGAAUACUCUACGAGAACAUUAUUGAAGCCACUGAAGAUUUCAGCUCCAACAAUUGCAUUGGUUCAGGAGGCUAUGGAACUGUUUAUAAAGCUGCGCUACCCAUUGGUGAGGUGGUUGCUGUGAAAAAACUUCACCAAUCUGAAGAUAGCAUGACUUCGAACAACUUGAAAGCCUUUGAAAGCGAGAUUCAUGCUUUAUCAGAAAUAAGGCAUCGUAACAUUGUGAAGCUGUAUGGCUUUUGUUCAUAUCCAAAGAACUCAUUUUUGGUUUAUGAGUUUGUAGAAAGGGGAAGUUUGAGAGAGGCGUUAAACAACAAGGACGAGGCAAUGGACUUGGAUUGGGAGAAGAGGCUAAAUGUUGUAAAAGCAGUGGCCAAUGCCUUGUCUUAUAUGCAUCAUGACCAUUCACCACCUAUAAUUCAUUGA